AGCCUUUUGCUCAAAUCAUUUUUGUGCCCAGAAGGUUCCAGAUCCGUUUCUCGCCAUGUCCUUGACUCACGGCGGCCUUCCUAGCCUGCUGCCCGCCAAUGUGCUAGCGGAGCUCAAGCAGACUGCAGAGAAACUUUGCGCACCAGGCAAAGGCUUUUUAGCCUCUGAUGAGAGUGCCGGGCCCUGGCUGCGCGCGGGUCAUGCCGAGGCUGCGAAGAUCCCAGAUGUGAUCGAGAACAGGGCAGCCUACCGAGCCCUAUGCUUCUCCUCACCAGGCUUGAGUGAACACAUUAGCGGGGUGAUUCUCCACUGGGAGACCUUGAUGCAAGAUGAUGCAGACGGCAAGGCCAUGGUGGAUAUCAUCAAAGGGAACGGCAUGAUUCCCGGAAUCAAGGUGGACAAAGGCUACAACAAGAAGGGCAUGUGGGGAACACCAGUCGGUCCUCUUGGGCACCCGGAGGUGGCAACUGUGGGAUUGGAUGAUCUUCAGCAAAGGUGCCAACAGGCUUAUCAGAAGGGUGCCCGCUUUGCCAAGUGGCGCAACGUGCUGCAGCUGGACCCUGCGAAAGGGAUGCCGACAGAGUUGGCAAUCGCAGAUACGGUGCACACCUUAGCCCGCUAUGCCUCGAUUUGCCAGAGCGAACGCUUGGUACCUAUCGUGGAGCCUGAAAUUGUUCCCAAUGGCAAACACGACAUCUAUUACUGCGCCCAGAUGACAGAGAAGGUUUUGGCAGCGCAAUUCAAGGCAUUGGCAGACCACCACAUCUACUUGGAGGGUGCUGUCCUGAAGCCCAACAUGGUCAAGAACGGCUUGGAGGGGCCCAAAGCUAGCGCCGAGACCAUUGCAACCCUGACCUGCCAAACUUUGCUGCGCACAGUUCCUCCUUCCAUGCCAGGCAUUUUUUUCUUGUCCGGUGAGACAGCAUUGAAUGAAGACAACGAAGAAGAAGCAACCAUCAAUUUGAGCACCAUGAACAGUCUUUUUGCCGGCAAGCUGCCUUGGCAUUUGUCAUUCUCUUAUGGCAAAGCUUUGCAGAAGACCUGUAUUGUCACCUGGCUGGGCAAGACUGAGAACAAGGAGGCCGCGCAAAAGGCCCUGAAGGCACGAGCCAACGCGAACUCUGACGCCGUUUUUGGCAAAUACAAGCCAGGCAGCUGCGCUAGUGUCGGCACUGACGGCAAUGUGAUGCAGGCAGCGGGGCCUUACUGAGGCUUGUGAUCCCUGUGAGGAUUGAACGAUAGUGAGGAUGUGACUGACAUGAAUUGCACGUCAAGAUAAGGUCGAAAAUCACAAACGUCCAGAAAGUGGUGGCUUUGUUUUGUUGUUUACCAACUCAGAACAACUCAGAAAGACCGUCCUCACAUGGACCCAGUGCCUUGGCUCUAACAGAGCUCGGUUUUGUUUUCGCCUGGUGUGAUCUGGGUGUUUGGUCGGGCACUGUUGCUUGACCACACCUGAGAUGCACCAGGAAUUCAUAUUUGAGAUCAGUAGAUUUUCGUGCAGAUCACUUGAGGGGUGCUAUCCAUUUUUUUGCUCGUGGCUUUGUGCCAAGAUCCUCUUCCUGGAACGCACACACACCGUGAAG